AUGAUACGAAUGACAACGGCAAUUACGCCGCCCGCCACGUUGGGGGUUUUGGGGGGCGGUCAGCUCGGGCGCAUGUUUGCGCAGGCGGCGCAAAGCAUGGGCUACGCGGUUUGGGUGCUUGACCCUGAUGUGAAUAGCCCUGCGGGGCAGUUGGCAAAUCGGCAUAUUUGCGCGGCGUAUGAUGACAAAGCCGCGUUGCAAUUACUGGCGGAUAACUGCGCGGGUGUGACGACGGAGUUUGAAAACGUGCCGGCCGAUGUGUUGCUCUGGCUGGGCGAGCGCGUGGCGGUUGCGCCGUCGGGCGAUGCGGUGGCGAUUGCGCAAAACCGUGUGGUGGAAAAAACCUUUAUUGAGCAGGGCGGGGUGGCGGUUGCGCCGUAUGUGGUGCUUGAUUCGCCUGAGGCAUUGCGCGCUGCGCAAGCCCGCGUUGACUUGUUUCCUGCAAUUUUAAAAACCGCGCGGAUGGGGUACGACGGCAAAGGACAGGUGACGGUACACGCGGCGGCUGAUUUGGCGGGCGCGUGGCAGUCGUUAAACAAUGUGGAUUGCGUGCUCGAGCAACGAUUGCCGCUGGCGUUUGAGGUGUCGGCGUUGUUGGCGCGGGGUUGGGAUGGCGCGGUUGCGCAUUAUGCGUUGGCGCAAAAUGUGCAUCGCGGCGGUAUUUUGCAUACUUCCAGCGUGCCUGCGCCGUCGGCGGAUGCGGCGUUGGUUGAGCGCGCCCAAACGGCUGCGGCCAAAAUCGCCCAAACCAUGGGUUAUGUCGGGGUGUUGUGUGUUGAGUUUUUUAUUUUGACCGAUGGUUCAUUGGUGGUGAAUGAAGUCGCGCCGCGCCCGCACAAUUCGGGACAUUACACCAUGAAUGCGUGCUUGACCAGCCAGUUUGAGCAGCAAGUGCGCGCCUUGACGGGUUUGCCGCUGGGCGCAACCCAUCAAACCAGCCCGUGCGUGAUGCUGAAUAUUUUGGGUGAUGCGUGGUUUGAUGCGCAACAAAAUCCACGUGCGCCUGACUGGACAGGGGUUUUGAGUGAAGUGGAUAGUUUUGUGCAUUUGUACGGCAAAGCCGAACCCAAGCCUGCGCGCAAAAUGGGGCAUGUGAAUUUUGUGGGCAAACGUUUAGAAAAAGCCGCGCUGCGCUGUGAAGCGGCGAUGCGUGUGCUUGGUUUACAAGGUGGUGUCAAUGAUUGA